AUGAUAAAAAUUAUUUUGCUUGCUUUGUUAGUUAGCAUAACAAGUUGUAAACUUACCUUUCUAAAUGCUUCUUAUAGUGAUGAUCCUUCUAAACAGGUAGAAAUUAUAUUGGAUGAUCAACUUAAAAGUGAAGCAAUCAUUGAUGGAUAUGGUAGUCUUAAUAUCUAGUUUAAUUUAUGGGAUUUCAAUACAUAUUUUACAUCUUAAGAGUGCAGGUUGUGCUAAUAUUAUGGUAAAGAGAAAAUAGUAAAUUUUGUCUGUGAAGAAGAAAACAACUGUGUAAAAACAGGAAAAUUUCAAAAGGAACCUAUAGGUUAAUUUAUUGCAAGUGGUGAUAUAAUUAACUUCCCAUUCAUGAUAAAUUAGAAAUAGUUUUAUUUUAAUAAUGUAAUGUAUGUCAAAGAUAUUGUGGCUAACAUACAUGAUAAAGAUCUUGUUUAUAUUUCUUAAGGUAUAGGUUUGGCUUUAAAAGGAUAUAAUCGUGAUGUUAGACGUGCUUCAAUAUACGAAUCUUUAUAUUAACAAAAUAAAAUAGACCAUAGAGAUUCCUCAUUUUACUAUGGUUCUGACAAUAAAUACCAUUUUGUGAUAACUGGUUAUGAAAAAAUGAUGAUUCCAUUACUAUUUAAAUAAUUAAUCGUAAAUGAAAGUUAUUAUAUAAACUCAAUAGAAACAUACUUUGAAUUUAACAUCAAAUUUUGUGACAGAUUUAUUCAUAAAAACCUAAUAACUUAUGUAGAUCCUACUAUGGAUGAUGAAGAAUGGAUUCUUAGUGACGUUUACUUUUAAGAUUUCUAUAAAAUUAUUGAUGAGAAGCGACUUUUACCUGACCAUUCUAUUUACACUGCAAACCAUCCUGGUUAGUGGUCAAGUAUUAUUAACGAAUUCACAUUAGAAUUGCAAUUAAAACUAGAAAAUAAUGAAGUAAUUAAUUUCUAAUAUACAGCAGAAGAAGUUAUGAAAAAAAUAGAUAACUACUACACAUUAAAACUCUAAUUUGCCAGCAUAAACCAUAUUUAUCAUUUAAAAAUAGGUAAGUCGCUUUAUAAAAAAUUCCUUUUCUUAAAGUAUCAGAAUGAAAAUAAAGAUUAUGUUAUUGGAAUAAAACCAAUUGAACAAAAAUUAGCUUACUCUUUUUGA